GCCACCGUCGUGAGUGGAGCUCUCGUCGCCCUUCCGCCAUGACCCUCUGAACCUUUCCACACAGAUAACGCGUGACAGCCCGAUCUUUUGUGCCCAGAAUGACAAUCAUUGUGUUCCUCAUCGACACCUCGGCCUCUAUGAACCAGAGGACCUUCAUAGGGGCCCGGCCGACGAUGCUGGACAUAGCGAAGGGCGCCGUGGAGACAUUCGUGAAGUUAAGACAACGUAGUCCAGAGAGUCGUGGUGACCGAUAUAUGCUUUUUACGUUUGAGGAACCCCCAGUCCAUAUUAAGGCUGGAUGGAAAGAGAAUUUAGCCACUUUCAUGAAUGAAUUGAAAAACAUCAAAGCAACAGGGCUAUCUACGCUUGGACCAGCGAUAAAGAAUGUUUUUGAUGUUCUCAACAUCAAUCGCAUGCAGUCAGGUAUUGACACUUACGGAACUGGACGCAGCCCAUUUUUUCUUGAGCCUUCAGUAAUCAUCAUCAUAACAGAUGGAGGAAAACUGACAUCACAGCAAGGAGUUCAAGAUGAUAUAUUCCCUCUGCCGAAGGUAAAUCCAAUCCCCGGUGCAGAGCUGACCAAGGAGAUCUUCCGAUGGGAUCAGCGGCUGUUCGGGCUGGUGCUGAGGCUCAGUGGGACCCCGGCUCCUGACCCCAUGGGGCUUGUACCCAGUGACAACUCCCCCCUCGACAAGCUUUGUGAGCAGACGGGAGGGCGUUCAUAUGCAGUUCGUUCUCAUCGAAUGUUCCAACAGUGUAUUGACAGCUUAGUACAAAAAGUACAAAGUGGGGUUGUCAUAAAUUUUGAAAAAAUUGGCCCCGACCCUCCUCCUAUCAAUUCUGAUGGGAAGGAGGCGCCUGAUGUGAUUGAAGUGGACAAAGAGAAUCAGCAGAACAAUGCAGAUACCAAUGGUGGUGGCAAUGGAGAGAGGGGACUGGGUGGGGGAGGAGGGGGCAUGCUGGGCCACAUGCUCCAGAAUGGAGGCCGGCCGCAUACCCCCAACUCAAUGCCCCUUCCACCAACAGCCCCUAGCAACGCGUGGCACAACUGUCGCAAGAUGAUCUAUGUGCCGAGACCCGCUCAGAGAGGGAGUCCUUCAGGUUUUUGGCCCAUCCCAGAAUCCUUUUGGCCUGAUAUAAACACACUUGCGCUUCCUGCAAGAAGUGCACAUCCAAAUGUGAAAUUUACAUGCACGAGUCAGGAACCUAUGGUGAUUGAUAAUCUCCCAUUUGACAAGUAUGAGCUGGAACCCUCACCUCUCACACAGUACAUCCUUUCGAGAAAGCAACCAACAGUUUGUUGGCAGGUUUAUAUACCUAAUAGCAGUAAGAAUAGUGAUGUAGGACACCCCUUUGGUUACCUCAAAGCCAGUACAACUUUGCAAACUGUGAACCUUUUUGUAAUGCCGUACAACUACCCAGUCCUUCUGCCACUCCUUGAUGACCUUUUCAAGACACAUCGUCUCAAACCCACCAAAGAAUGGAGGAUACAGUUUGACAAUUAUCUCAGAACUAUGCCCCCAUACUAUGCUAAUCCCUUGAAACGUGCCCUAGGUCGGAUGGGUGCACCAAACCUUGUCCCAGACAACCUUGACAACUCUCUCAGUUUUCAAGUCACUAACCAUUUGAAGAGAUUAAAAAACCAGGCCAAGCUUGAGUAUGAACGAAUAUGCCUUGAGGUUGAGAAACGGUUAGCCCAAACGAGCUGUGUAGUCCACGAGGGCAUUAGAGUACAGCCUCGGAGACCAUUGUGCCGACACCUUACUUCAAACCACACACUCCAAGAUAAGCUGUCUCACCUACGUGAUCAAGUGACUGAGUACUCCAACUUUGUGCUGGCUGUCCGUGAAGGGGAAGUGAGUCCUCAGAUGUACAGAAACCCCUUUGACAUUCCUAGAAUUUCCCUGCUCGACCAAUUGACUCGCAUGAGGGCUAACUUCCUACAGUCUUCACUACCACAUCUCUUAACAGACCGUGACGUGGACCAGUUACAUUGUCGACCCAUUAGUCAGAUGGGUAAUUAUCAGGAUUAUCUUAAGAAGAUGACUCCACCACUCCGUGAAAUAGAAUCGACCCCAGUGAGGCAACACAUGUUUGGAAAUCCAUUCAAGAUUGAUAAGAAGAUGUCCAUGAUGGUUGAUGAAGCUGAUGUGGACCUCAUGGGGUCGAGUGGAAGUGCAGGAAGUGGCAGUCGGGGAUCUAAGCGUCCAGCGGAGACCCAAUCCCCGUCUGGCAGGCCCAACAAGCGCCGGCGUGGCCCCUUGCCCAUGGACUUCACUAUCCACAGAAUCAACAAGAGUCCAAGCUCAAGUCCCAACCCCAGCUUAAGUCCGAAUGCCAGCCCGUGCCCCAGUCCUAGUCCUAGUCCAAAUGCAAGCCCAUGUGGAAGCCCCUGCCCAAGUCCCACUCCUCCCACAACACCCAGCUCUACGCCAAGCCCGUGCCCGAGCCCCAGCCCCACUCCCAGCCCUGUUCCCUCCCUAGGUGGCAACCCUAGUCCUGCUCCAAGUCCACCUGGGUCCUUAACACCCAGCAGAGUGGAGGAACGGCCAGAUUUACGGUCGGAUGCAUCAGCAUUGGCAAGACCUGAACGCCCUGACACCCCAGUUUUCCAGCCCACAGGCUAUGUUGGCACUCCAACCCCAGGGUAUUCCCCAGGCAUCAUGAGUGUCUCACCUCCUGGCUCACCUGCGUCGCCUUCCUUACCUGAUGAUCGAGCCAUCAUACCUCCCUCAGACUUUCACCAUAUGUUGAAUGGAGAUGUAACUCCUCCACCCCCAACCAUGAGAGAUGAAGAUGUAGGAUCAGAAGCCUAUGACUUUGACCUACCUCCCCCAGCACCCAGUCUCACUCCUCCCCCAGAAAUGAUCUUUGAAGAUGGUCUAGAGAAGAAUGGGCCUGUGAAUAACACUGAACCAAAGAGAGGAACAUCACCAUAUUACCCAGUAGAUACACAAGCCACAAAAGUUUAUAAUAAGGAGCUCAGAAUGGCGUGCUUCAAAGAAGUUAAGAAACCUGGCAGAGAUUUCAGAAGACUCUUCAAUCAGCUCAACACGUUGCAAGGUUCCUAUGAGUCACGGCUAAAGGUCGUGAAGGAAGUGGUGAACGAGGCAAGCCGAUUCAAGAGGCACUCCCUGGUGAAGCUCCUGUCCCAGUUCCUGGACUCAAUGACCAAUAUGGAGAAGGGCUUGGCAACCCAGCCUAGCCUCAGGGUGAACGGACACAGUAGAUAGAUCUGCUCAUCACUUUUUAUUUUACAAGAACUAAAUGUGAAACAGUACAAUAUUGUAAGGAAUCAAUAUGUCAUAUACACAUUUUUUGUGAUAUAAUGAGGAGGACUGUAACUAAAUUUAGACUGAAAUGUAGACCACAUUGUAGACUAUUUGUUUUAUUUAUUUUUUGUAUUAAUAAUUUUUAUAUGUAUAUAUUUUUUUCAAAGCAAAUGGUAAGGCACUUGAAAAAAAUUAUGUUGCAGGUUUACAUUUUUUUUCUAACAAUUUUGUACUCUUCAAUUUUUUUUUAUUUAUGUGUAAACAUCUAGUAUGUAAAUUUUUGGUUAUAUAUUUUUUUCUUAUCAUAAUUUCACCAAGUGAAAUUAUGAUGUUUAUCAUUAGUGAACUAUUGUAUACUUUUUAUUACAUACAUUUUUCAGUGUCUAUGCUAUUAUCAUCAUCAUAUAUUUUGUUGAAUUUUCAUGUGUUAUUAUUGUUAUAAUCACUUAAACAUUAGAAAUCCUUAUGAUGAUUAAGUGAAAAUCUGUGAAAAUGCUCUUUGAUUACACCUUUAGGAACUUGCAUUAACAAGUUAUUUUGUCACUUGGAAGGCUGUUGAAAGUUCCCAUUCAUACAUAUCUGGAAGAUUUUACACAAGUCUUGGAAUGCACUUGUAAAGAGCAAACAAGAAGGUAAUUGAGAUUUUUUGUUAAUCUCAGUUUAAUAACUUAGUUAUUUUCCUUCUGUUCCUUGUGUUGUAUUUUUAUAUUAUGUGUAAUAACUAUAUUCUUAAUGUCCUAAUGUCUGUCACUCCUAGAAACCAUGCAAAAGUACCAAAGGUGAUUGGGAUUGUCAGAGAUCUCAUUGAAAUGAGUGAUAAUACAAAUUAUGAUUUUUUCCCCAACAAAAAGCUGGAAAAUGGACAUAGACAUCACAGAGCAUUGCUUAAGUGAAGCUGUGCAGAUUUUUACAAUGUCAUCUGUAUCAGUCUUGUUUACUUCUUUGUACACACUAUGGAUGUUCUCUUUAUAAAUAUUGGUUAUUUAUUUAACUAACUUGUUCCAACAAGAACCAAACAAAACCUUGUGAGCCUGAGGACUGUCUCUGACUUAAGCAAAUGUAAUGAUUCAGUUUUGCACAAAUAGUCUGUAAAAUGGUCCUUGAACUUGUUCCUGAUGUACAUUUUUUUUCUUUAUUUUUGUUUUAUUAUUUAUUUGUUGAAAUAUUUUAACAGAAACCUCUAGAAGAGCCACUGUAUUCUGUAACAGUGCAGUCAUAACAUAUGUUGAGUGGAUAAGGAGGCCAAGAAAUUUAUCUUUAUGAGAACAAUUGCUUUGUGAUGGUGGUGUAAAUAUUGUGUAUAUUUAUAUUUUAUAUACAGUAUGCAAAUACAGUUGAUCCUCCAAAA